GACGGCUCAGGGCAGCGGCGGCAUGUGAGGGUGACAGCGCGCGCGCCAGGAGCCCGAGAGCGCGGAGCGCGCGUGGGCCAGGUGGACGUCAGCCUGCCGGCGGGGCCGCCGGGCGCUCGGGAUGGACGCAGAAGGCUUGGGUUGGCUUUUGGUCCCGCUGCAGCAGCUGGUUUCCUGGGGGGCAGCUGGGGCCAUGGUCUUCGGAGGGGUGGUGCCGUACAUCCCGCAGUACAGGGACAUCCGGAGGACUCAGAACGCCGAGGGCUUCUCGACCUACGUAUGUCUGGUGCUCCUGGUGGCCAAUAUCUUACGAAUCCUCUUCUGGUUCGGGAGGCGCUUUGAGGCGCCGCUGCUCUGGCAGAGCGUCGUCAUGAUCCUGACCAUGCUGCUGAUGCUGAAGCUCUGCACCGAGGUCCGCGUGGCCAACGAGCUGAACCUGAAACGCCGGGUCUUUGCAGCUGCAGAUAAUAAAGAUGAAGCCAGAGCCCCCCCCAGGCGGUCAUAUCUGGACUUCGACCCCCAGCACUUUUGGCACUGGAACAGCUUUGGGGACUACGUGCAGUGUGUCCUGGCCUUCACCUGUGUGGCGGGCUGUGUCACCUACCUGUCCAUCGACUCGGCCCUUUUCGUGGAGAGCCUGGGCUUCCUGGCCGUGCUGACCGAGGCCAUGCUGGGCAUGCCGCAGCUCUGCCGCAACCACCGCCACCAGUCCACGGAGGGCAUGAGGGCCCGUCUUUCCCCUUGGGUGCAGCUACAAAUCUGGACAGGACGGAUGGAGCAGCUCUGGGUGCUGGAGCAGACGGAUUGACGUUUUGUUUUUUCACAUCUGCCAGCCUGGACUCCAGCACAGCCCCAAGUCCAGAACGGUGUGCUGGGUAGAAAGCUCCGAGAGAAGCCGCUCUGCCUGGUCUGAGGGGCAGGAAGGGCUCUCCUCCAGGACCUGCGGGGCAGACCACCACCCAAGUCCCCGCCUGGCCACCGAGGGCUGCCCACACAGUGCAGAUACGAAUAGCACCGCAGUGGUUUUGAAAACUGAGCUGAAAUUGAGCCGUAGCCCCUGAAAACCACCCAGAACUUGCAGCUUGAACUCAAUUUAACCGCAUCGGUUCCCUGGUAGCACACAAAACACGACGUUCUCCACAGGACUGAAGCAAGACAGUCUCCUUACGGAACGUUAAGAACGUCUAGGAUAUAAACCCAAGUUACUCACCACGAAGAAUAGGAAAAUCUCAGCAACUCUCAAAAGACAAUCAACAGACAACAAAGAAUCGAGAAACAGUCAACUAAGGUGACACAGAUACUGGAAUUACCAGAUUUUCAAGGCACUAGUGUAACUGUGCUCUAAAGGGCAACAGCAGACGCUCUUUAAAUCAAUGCAAAGACGGACCAUCUCAGGAGAGAAAUAAAAGCUGUAAGAAAAGCCAGCUCGAAAUUUUUAACUUGAAAAAUACAGUAGCUAAAUAAAAACUACACUUCAGUAGUUCAGUAGUAGAAUGGUGAUGAUAGAGGACGAAUUAAUGAACUUGAAGAUCAAUGAAAGUCUGAACAACAGAAAAAGUGAAAGUCUGAACAACAGAAAAAAAAUCGGGGGAAAAAAAGAGAAUAGACUCAGGGACAGCACCAUGAAAUCUAACAUUCAUGUCAGGUGAGACCACAGGAGAGGGGAAAGACUGGUGCAGAAAAGAAUGCUGGAGAAAUAACGGCUGAAGACCUCCCAAAUUUGAUGCAAGAUCAACGUACAGAUUUAAGAUAUUCAGCAAGUCCCAAACAUGCAUUACAUCACAAACUGCUAAAAACCAAAGUCAAAUAAAUGUUGAAAGCCAGAGAAAAAGGACUGAUGAUAUAUAAUAACCUGGAUUUUUAAAUGCAGAGUUAGUUAUCAGCUAAUUAAAAGCAAAAGUCUUUAAACGCCAUGUGAGUCAACACGACAAGCCAAGUGAGACGCACUGCGCUGUUCAGAUGGGUGGGCCGGCUGCAGGGUCGACGGGAACCAACCUUCUGCGCCUCCCCGUGCCCUGAGUCGUUCUCCUGAUUAAGGAUCAUGGAAGCCUCCAGACGCUGUGGGUGCAGGUCAGGGGAGCUGUCCACUUCCUGUCCCGGUUCUGCACGGUCGGGCUGACACUCCUGUGGGCAGGGCAGGGGACAUGGACAUCCCUGCACUGGGCCAUGGGCUCCUCGCCUGGUUUUACUCAUAAGAGCUGACCUGGGGUCGGAGGCCGCCCAGCUCUGGGGUGAACCGGGGCCACCUCAGGGGCGCAAAGUGCCCGCCCUGCCUGUGGCACAGAUGGCUUCCAGCCUGGUGUCAUCCUGUCCCUGAGGGUCCUCACCUCCUCCCUGUGACAGGCAGCCCCCCCUCAAGCCGUGGUCUGGUUUAGUGAGCCACGUAGUGUGUGCCUGCUGUGGAAGUGGGUCUCAUUUGAACACUUUAUGCAGGAAAACACGAUGGUGCUCUUGCCCGUUACCUGGCAAGCCAGGCGUUAGAUGCUGUGUGUGGAGAGGUGUGUGCAGACGUGAGCGAUAGAUGACACGGGGCCGCUCUGUGCCACACGGACCGAUCUGACUUUGGGAGUGGCACCGAUGACCAGGAAUGGAAUCGCCUUCAGGCUGUCUUUUGAGUGAGGGGCCUGGCCUGGAGGGGAUUCCCAGGAGAAGCCCGCGUCACCCUGCUUUGCCCGGCAGCCUCUGGUUUCCUGCUCAGCACCCCUGGGUGCAGGUGUGGGGGGCAGAGGGCCGCCCCUCCCAGGCCAGUUCUCAUGCUGCAGGGUCAGCCUGUGGGAUGCGGCAUGAGGAGGUGGCGGUCUUCCCUCUCCCGUCUGAGGCCACAGCACGUCUCCCGAGGGACACACACCUGAUGUGCCUGCAGCCAGGAAGGAUGGGACGUUUGUGAGGCCGUGUGGGCUCGGCCCCUGUGCCAGCCCCUCCCCUGCUCUGGAGAGCUGAAGCUGCUCCUGCCGAAGGGCCUUCCUGUCCUUGCGGCCAUGCACGCGGUGGCUUCAUGGCCAGGACAGGAGGGAUGGGAGGGUGGGCCGAGGCCUGGCAUGGCCCCUGGCCCCUGGACUAUGUCCCCUGGCCCCUGGAUUAGGACCCCUGACCACUGGGUUAUGUCCCCUGACCCCUAGAUUUUGGCCCCUGACCCCUGGAUUAUGUCCCCCGACCCUGGGGUCGUGACCCCUGAUCCAUGGUCUGUGACCCCUGACCACCGUUCAUGUCU